AUGGCACCGCGUCGUCAAAUGACUGAUGCUGAAAAGGCAGAAAAGAAUAGGAAGCAAAGAGAGAAAAGAGCGCAAGAAGAUCCAGAGGCUAGAGAAAAACGUUUGCAAGACAAUAGAGCCAGGGCACAAUAUGUGCGCGAUGAGAAGAAACAGCGUCUCGAUCAAGAAGUUCAACGUCAAAUCCCAGAUGAAGUAGACAGGCAAGCGCGUCUAGAAGAAGAAGCGCAAAGACGUAAAGUAAACCGAGCUCAAGAGCCAGCCGAAGUGCAACAAGCUAGGCUACAAGAGCAAGCAUUGCGGCAGCAAGCUUUGCGUGAAGAGGAAAACGAGGAUGAAAGACGUGCGAGGCUAAGAGAUCAAGCAACACGACAGCAAGCUAUACGCAACGCAGAAACCGAUGAUGAAAGGCGCGUAAGGAUGAUUGAGGAUAACUUGCGACAUCAAGUCCUACGCGCUCAAGAGACAGAAGAAGAGAGAUCCUCGCGCGUAAUGGUAGAUGCAAUGCGUCAUCAAGCUCUACGUGCCCAAGAAACGGUUGAAGAGAGGGUGUCUCGCGCAAUAGUGGACAGAUUGCGACACGAGAUUUAUCUCAACGAAGAAACGAACGAAGAGGCGGAAGGCCGUCGUGAAGUUCACAGAGAACUUAUGGCCACCUGUAGGAAUAUUGAGAAUGAGGAAGAAAGAGAUGAAAGACGAGAAGAAAGUAGGCUCCGAAUGGAACGGCUCCGCGAAGAAAGAGAAGAAGACGAAGAAUUACUUCGUGCCAUGAAUGCAUUGGAACAUGUGGAAAUUAUACCAAUAGAAACUGAAGAGGAGCGCACUUUUCGCGAAGAACUUUUGGCUGCUCGCAACCGUGCGGGAGUGCCAAGAACUCAUAGAGCGGCUUGCAAAACCUUGACUUCCGAAAACCGAGUUCCAUUGCACGAUUGUGGAGAAAUGACCGUCACUUGCGGCGAAUGUAAUGCCAGGCAUUUCAAGGGUGAACGACCGUCAGACAAGAAAUUCACCCAAUGCUGUGCAAAAGGAAAGGUGAUUCUCCCACCACCGAAAGAGUGCCCUCAACUGCUAGCUAAACUAUUGCAGAAUGACCAUCCAAAGGCGAAAGCGUUUAUGAUGAAGAUCCGCAAUUACAACAGCGCUCACGCUUUUGCUUCGUUGGGCGCCAAGAUUUCGUCGCCGCCAGAUGCUGCGCAGGCCAGCGAGUUCAGAGCGCAUUUCACCUCAAACGGAGGGUGCUGCAGGAAUUUGAUGGAAGAAUUGGACGCCAUGCUCCGAGAAAAGAAUCCCUACGCAGCAAUAUACAAGAUGAUGCGUCAAGUACUUGAAGAAGAGUACCGCCGAGCACAAGAUGAGAAUCUACCGCACCAAACCGUGGGAAUGAUCAUUAGCAGUGAUCGAAGAAAUGUAGAUCAGAGACGCUACAACAACCCGACGACAAACGAGAUUGCUGUCAUUUUCAAAAGCGCAAACGGUGAGCCACCAGCGAAGAGAGAUAUCCGAGGCCAUCUCUUCAUCCCAGUCAGAGGGAGAACGUUCAUUCAGAUUGACACACAACAGCCCAUGUGCGACCCGAUGACUUAUCCCUUGCUCUUCCCCAACGGUGACGAUGGAUGGCAUGUAAACAUGCCUUAUACCACCACCACACGACGUGAAAGAGAGGAAGCAGCAGCACGGGCAAUGGAUGUGGAUGAAGAGGAAGAGAUCGGUCUCCCAAGACUGAAUGAGAUACUGCGCCGUGAAAAUCUUCCAGUACAAGCCCUAGCUGGUGAAGAAGAGCCGGUGGAAGAACUAGAACCGGAACCAGAGGAGCAGAUAGACGAAGACGAAAACGAUCCCCAACGGUUGAAUCGUGGCCAAGGAAGACGAAAAAGGAUCACGCAAUGCGAAUUUUACAGCUCUCUCAUGUCGAUUCGGGAUUAUUUCAAUAAUGUCUUGGCCGGUGGAUCACUCACUCAACAAUGGACGGUCGAUUCUUACGUCAAGAUUGAAGCAAACCGCGUCAAGUACAUCCGCGAACAUCAGGCGGAGCUUCACGUUGCACAGUACGACGGUCUCUUGGAUUACUUGCACAAUCGAGCCGAGAGAGAAAACUUUACGGUCGGAUCGUAUCACGUCCUCCCAUCGAGUUUCAUCGGAAGUCCAAGGGCGAUGAAGCAAGCGUACCAAGAUGCAAUGGCCAUCUGCGGAAAAUUCGGCAAGCCGGUAUUCUUCCUGACGUUCACCUGCAACCCAAAGUGGAGGGAAAUCACGGCCAACAUUCCCAGCCAUCUUUCAGCACCAGAUCGGCCUGAUAUAGUCGCAAGAGUUUUCCAACAAAAGAAGAUUGAGUUGGUCAACGAUAUUGAAAAGCGCCAAGUGCUGGGAUUUGCGACUGCUCGGAUACAAGUCAUUGAAUUUCAAAAGCGCGGAUUGCCACACUGCCACAUGCUCAUUUGGAUCGACGAGCGUGACGCCCCUGCUACCGCAGAAGAUGUGGAUGCAACCAUCUGCGCGGAAAUUCCCGAUAGAACCACGCAUCCGAGACUUUACAAGAGCGUCAUGACCCACAUGAUUCACGGUCCGUGUGGGUUAAUCAACAAAAAAUCCCCUUGCAUGGAUGCCGACAAAUGCUCAAAGUCUUUUCCGAAGCCACACAGCCAAGAAACCAUCCUCAACGAUAAUGGCUACCCCACUUACAGACGAAGAGAUACGGGAGUUGUACACCGCUUGAAACGAGGGCACACGUAUUUCGAAGUGGACAACACCUGGGUCGUUCCUUACAACCCUUGGUUAUCCCUCAAGUUUGACUCCCACAUCAACCUCGAAUACUGCGCAUCAAUCGUCAGUGUCAAGUACAUCUUCAAGUAUGUCUACAAAGGGUACGAUUGCCUGAAAAUGGAUCAAAAAGUGGGAACCUAUCACCAGGUAGAAGGCGAAGAACCAAGUGUGGAGUGGGACGAAAUCACGUGCCAUCUUGAUGCGCGAUACGUCAGCGCGCCGGAAGCCUGUUGGCGAAUCUUCAAGUUUCCCCUUUCCGACCGUUCGCAUGCCAUCUAUCGCCUGGCCGUCCAUUUGCCCCGAGAGCAACCCGUCUUUUUCCAACCGGGAAACGAAAUGCAAGCCGUCAUCAAUGCCGCUUCGAGGGACACCAACCUGACUGCUUUCUUCAAGUUGAAUCGCGUCGACGAGAGCGCACGGCAAUAUUUCUACAGAGAAAUACCUCACCACUACGUUUUCAUCAAGAAAACCAAUUCGUGGAAGCCUCGCGUGAAACGGGCCAAGAUCAUCGGUCGCCUAUACACGGGCCAACAAGCUUUGAAGAUUUGCGAACAGUCGACCAGAUUGUCCAUCCCACUUUCAAAGCGGCAGCAAUAG